AAGAAGAAAAAAUUGUCAAGCAUUUUACUAGAUAUAUAUUUAUUUUCAAUUCAGAGUUACAAAGUAGGAGGAGGAAAGCAAGGAGGAGAAUGGAUGAUCAAGAAUUUGGACGCCUUCUUGAUCUCUUCCCCGUUGUCCGUCCUCGAAAUUACCAUAUUGAGACGGACACGUCAAGGCAAUCAACUUCUCGGUCAUUUCCGGAACCGGUAUUUCAGGAGGAGGAAGGUAAAAAGGAAUCCAACAAUCAACUUAUUGAUGUACAGGAUGCAUUCUGGGAGAAGCUAAAGUUGGCAGUUGAGAAGAAGGCGGGUGCAGCAGAAGCCCAGAGAUUUUGCAAGGCUUUCCAAGAAAUUCACCGGAAACUUGUAUAUGAAGAACUGAGUUUGGAUGCUGCCUGCAGCUUUAUAAACUUAUCAAAAAGCUCCGGACAAUAGUUUUUUUGCUGGCUCUGUACUUGUUCAAAUAUUGUUUGUUGAUUUGUGACCUGUUUUUGUUUUGAAGAAGUGGAAUUAACUUGAUCUUAAUUUAUUUAGAACUAAGCUGCAUGGCAUCGUUGUUUUGUUAA